AUGCCGCUUAUUUCUAGAAAUGUCUUGCUCAAACUCUCGUACAACGGCCAGAACUACCACGGCUUUGCAUACCAGCCAGGCCUUCCAACUGUGGAGCACCAUUUAUUCCUAAGCUUUCUAAAGGCCAAAUUCAUCCAGGCAGAGGAAAAGCAGGUCCGCCCAAGCACCUUCGUGUGGCCAAAGGAAAUACUUUCAGGCAUCGCUGAGAGGAAGUAUUACAAGUGCGGCAGAACAGACGCAGGCGUUUCAGCAGCCUCCCAGUUUAUAUCGCUUUUUCUGCCUGCACCUGCAGGAAAGGAGUAUCCGUAUGAUCUGAUUCUUAACCAGCACCUUCCCGAGGACAUCCGAGUGCUUGGAUGGAUGUUUGUGGAUGACCAGUUCAGCGCCCGGUUCUCGUGCAUAUCCAGGGAGUAUGAGUACUACUUUUCUAGGAGAGCAGGCAGCUCUCUAUCCAUAGAAAAAAUGGCAGACGAGUCACAAAAGCUACUGGGCACCCAUUGGUUUGGAAGGCUCUGCAAGCAGGAAAAAGAGGCCUCAAAGAAAAAACGCCUUGAGAAAAAGCAAAAAGUGUCCCCAGAUGAGGUGUGUGCAGAAGAGGCCGUGCGCACAGUCGACUCAAUAGUUUUUGAAAAGGUAUCAGAGGACAGCGUCACAGGAGUGGAGGUCUAUCUAAUGCGCAUACGCGCAAAGUCCUUUCUGCACAACCAGGUCAGAAAGAUAUUCUCGGUUUUGUAUAUGUUAGGGACAGGCUCCGAUAUAGAGCUUGCAAAAAUUCUAGAUAAAAACCAGCCGCAGAAAAAAGACAUAAAGCUUGCAGACCCCUCCCCCCUUGUGCUGGCGAGCUGCGUGUUUGCAGAUACAGAUCUAAGCCAGCUCAAAUCUGCACAGACAAGGAGCCAUCCUCUCAUAAAAAUAUGCGAGAGUGUGCAGGUAAAAUCUAAAGUAAACGAGAGAAUAACAAAGGAGUUCUUUUUGCAUUAA